GUUGCACUGAAUCGCUCGGUGACUCGGCGUAGCCCUCUCCUCUGCGUCGGUGGCCGCCCGCCGGGCCGCCGUCUUCCCCCGCCUGCAAUGGGGAGGCCGUCGCGUCAAACCCUGAACCAUCCCUCGGUCACUUCCCUCCGCCACUUCGGACGCAGGCACUCGCCGCCGCCGCCGCGCGCCUCGGCGUUCCGGAAAGCAGCGGCGGUGCUCCUCCUCGCAGCCGCGGUGGCGCUGCCCUGCGCCGUGCUGUAUCGCGCCGCUGUAUGGGCUACGGUGCCGGCGAAUGUAGCAUGGACGCGCCGGCCCUUGCGGGAGUGGGAUCCCCCGCAUUCUCCGGUUUUGGUCCCCGAUGAGAACGGCGACGUCGAUCCCAUGCCCCCCGGCGAUCUGGACAGUGAAGAUCUCAGACUUGAGCUAGUUCUGCAGGAGGCUUCCAUGGCCAACAAGACCAUAAUAUUGACAACACUCAAUGCUGCAUGGGCUUCUCCAGGCUCAGUGAUAGAUCUUUUCAUUGAAAGUUUCCAUCGUGGUGUUAGGACUAGUUCACUUUUGAGACAUCUUGUGAUAGUAACAUUUGACUGGAAGGCAUACAGACGAUGUGUUAAGAUCCACCCCUAUUGCUUUGCUCUUGUGACUGAGGAUGUGGAUUUUUCUCAAGAGAAGAGGUUUCUGACUACUGGGUAUCUGGAGAUGAUGUGGAAAAGGCUGGAUUUCUUGCGGCUAGUGCUUGAAAAAGGUUACAGCUUCGUUUUCUCGGAUGCCGACAUCAUGUGGUUCCGUAAUCCAUUUCCAUACUUUUAUCCUGAUGGGGACUUUCAGAUUGCAUGUGAUCACUACGUAGGCAAUGCAACUGACUUGAGGAACAUAGCCAAUGGAGGAUUCAACUAUGUGAAGUCAAACAAUCAAAGCAUAGAGUUUUACAAGUUUUGGUAUUCUUCCCGAUUGAGAUAUCCUGGAUACCAUGAUCAGGAUGUACUUAAUUUCAUAAAGCAUGAUCCUUACAUCACAAAUAUUGGUCUGACAAUUAAGUUCUUAAGUACUACAUACUUUGGUGGCAUUUGUGAGCCAAGCAGAGAUUUAAACAAGGUUUGCACCAUGCAUGCUAACUGUUGUAUUGGACUGCGGAACAAAAUUCAUGAUCUAAGAAUCAUGAUGGAAGACUGGAGGAAUUAUAUGUCUAUGCCACCAAGCUUAAAAAGAUUUGGAGCAUUGUCAUGGAGGGUACCACAAAAUUGCAGUCUUUCAUUACUAAGCCCGUGAGGCAUGCUUGUGGAAUGGAAAAGGUUCAAUACUGCAAAACAUGUCAACUUUUGAGCAUAUGUUUUUGAGAAAUACUUGAAAGGAAAAGCUGGUUCAUGAUCAAUAUCAACUCCUCCAAUUUGGUUCUCUUGGCUAGCGGUGUUCAUCUCAUCGUUGGAAAAUCAACCAUGGGGAAGCCGUAUAUGUGAAAUUGCAUCAAGCGGUGGAAGCUUCAUCUCCUUAAAGGUCCAGUUGUUGCAGGCAUGCAGAAGCCUGGUGUAGCACUCUGACCCCCAUGUUUCAGGUGAGGAGGAAUCACCCUUCGGCAGCAACUGUGCAAUUGCUUUUGUUUUGGCCAUGGCAUCGAUGGAUCAGUAUCCUCUAACUUCAACGUCACUGUAACUUCAUCACUAACGUAUGGGUCCAGACCCAUACGUCGAGUGGUGAAGUUAGGGGAUCCUCAUCCGGCAUCGAUAUGAAGAAUUCUGAUAAGAUCAUAGGUGUAAUUUUCAGUAUACUCUUUCGAUCUUAUGGCAAAAAUGAAAUUAGCAAAUCAACGACGAAGUAUAGAAAAUCCAUUCCUAGUGGCAAACAUAAAAUUUCCCUUGCCAUUAGUACUAGCGCCGUAUAUUACUUCUGCCGAAUAAACAAAAGACCUUGCAGGCGUAAACAAAGAAAUGGACACCAGUCACGCUGAGU